CAGGUAUGCUCUGCAACACUCACAAAAUCUCCGCUUACUUGAACAAUGUCAAGCUCUCCACCUUUCAUUUGAACCCUAGACUUUGGCUUUCACUUCAGCUUGCGGCACCCAUUUCAAGCCUAAAAGUAGUAUGGCGGAAAGACCCAAAACUAGAUGAAGCCAUACAGAAGGAAAAAAAAUGGCGACUCUGCGCCAGAGUCGUCAAAGAGGUCUUAAACGAACCGGGUCAAGUCAUCCCACUUCGUUACUUGGAGAAAAGGCGAGAAAGAUUACGACUUCCCAUCAGAAUCGGGACCUUUCUUAACCAAAAUCCAGGUCUUUUUGAUCUUUACAUGGAUCGUAUCAAACCCAAAUCAGAACCUGUCCAAUUUAUCCGUAUUAGCGAUCGGCUUAGAGAAUUUUUAGAAGAGGAGAAAAGGAUUAAUCUUGAGAAGGAGCCACUAAUUGUGGUGAAAUUGUGUAAAUUGUUGAUGAUGACCAAGGAUAAUGUGCUUAGUGCAGAUAAGUUGGUUCAUGUGAAAAGGGAAUUCGGGUUCCCCAAUGAUUUUUUGGUCAAUUUGGUACCUAAGUACCCGGAAUAUUUCAGGCUGGUGGGUUGUCCAGGAGAGGGAAAGUCAUUUUUGGAGUUGGUUUCGUGGAAUCCUGAGUUUGCCAAAUCAGUUAUACAGCAGAGGGCAGAGGACGAGGAGAGGCUGACAGGGGUUCGAGUGAGGCCGGCAUUCAUUUAUAAGCUUCCGUCUGGGUUUUUCCUUAAGAAAGAGAUGAGGGAGUGGAUUAAAGAUUGGAUGGAACUUCCUUAUUUCUCACCUUAUGGGGAUGCUUCAGGUUUGGAUCAAGCUUCACCAGAGAUGGAGAAGAGGACAGUUGGGGUUUUCCAUGAGUUACUUUCGCUGUCAAUGUUCAAGAGAAUUCCAGUGCCAAUUUUGGGGAAGUUCAGUGAGGACUAUAGGUUUUCCAAUGCAUUCUCAAACAUUUUCACCAGGCAUUCUGGAAUAUUUUAUAUGUCAUUGAAAGGUGGAAUUAAGACUGCAAUGCUGAGGGAAGCCUACAAGGAUGGUGAAUUGAUUGAUCGGGAUCCAUUGCUUGAAAUUAAAGAUAGGUUUGUUGACUUGUUAGAACAGGGGCAUCAGCAAUGGAUGGAGCAAUUAAGGUUGCGGAGAGAAGCAGUUCAGAAGGACAUAGAAAUGAUGGCGAUGACGAAUAGAAAGCUGAAGGAGGAUGACUUUGAUAAACAGUUAUGAAAUUGAAUUAGUUAUAGCUCCUGUGCCUUAAAGGGAAACACGGGAACAUAGAUAUGGACAGUGGGAAAGAAGGAUAUAAAUUCGUAUUCAGAUGACUGGCAAAAAUUGAGUCCAAGUGUUAGAAAUAUAGUGGUACACUCCCUAGGGGAGUACCCAAACGUUUGAGCUUGAAACAUAUAUGUUUGCAAAAUACUAUUCUGCUUUAUUGUUGCAUAGCAAUUGAAGCGUGCUCAUGCUGCUUCAGCAGCCCUUUUCUGCCUUUUUGCUCCAGAUGGGAAUGCUAGUCAUCAUAGAGAGGGAUAAGGCAAAACAAGUUAUUUGUGAUGGAAGGAAAGAUUUUACUGCUUCAUCUCUUUGUUGGACUGUUGGUGCAAACACUCUGGUCUUUGGACCAGGAACAUAUUCAAAUUUGGAUCUUAACAUGUUGGUAGUUUUUAAACCAUAGGCAUCUUGCUAUGAAGUUGGUAGGCUCAUCAUGAAUUGGGUUGGGGUAGCUGGUGGUUUCGAGAUAUUGCAGAAAAAGCUUGAAACAUCCAUGUUCUCAAGCUCAAACCUUAGGAAUGGGUGGGAUGGUGUGUAGCCAAGGCUGUGUAAGCCUUUUGAUGGACCCAAAAACGAAAAAUGUACAGGUAAGUGGAUAUGUAGUAUUCCCUCUGAGAAGGUAAACUUAUACAUGAAUUUGUUCUUUUAAUUGAAGAAGCUGGGUUUAUCCGAGUCAUUUUGACGUUUUGAUGAUUUUUUGUGCUGAAGUAGUAGAAAUUCUCAUUGUCUCACAGAUUAGUUAAAUGUAGAACUGCUCUAUGAUGUGUUCAGAUGAUGAGGCUACAUGGAUUAGGCAGAAAUUGACAAAGUGCAGGCCUUUUCUGUAUAUAUAAGUCUGAAUUUCAUUCAGUUGAUCUCAAACAACCAUCCUAAUUUCUCUUCUUGUCUGAUUCUCUCAAAUAAUAAGUUGAAUGUUUGAAGUCCUCUUAAA